AUGAAAGAGAAGUCCAAAAAUGCUGCCCGGACUAGGAGGGAGAAGGAAAACAGUGAAUUUUAUGAACUGGCUAAAUUACUGCCUUUACCCUCGGCUAUCACCUCGCAACUGGACAAAGCAUCCAUAAUCAGGCUCACCACCAGCUAUCUCAAAAUGAGAGUAGUGUUCCCAGAAGGGCUCGGCGAAGCGUGGGGCCACUCGAGCAGGACCAGCCCCCUGGACAACGUAGGCCGCGAACUGGGCUCCCACCUGCUCCAGACCUUGGAUGGCUUCAUCUUUGUGGUGGCCCCAGAUGGGAAGAUCAUGUACAUCUCGGAGACAGCCUCAGUCCACCUGGGUCUUUCUCAGGUAGAGCUGACCGGGAACAGCAUUUACGAAUACAUCCACCCUGCGGACCACGACGAGAUGACGGCGGUGCUCACUGCCCACCAGCCCUACCACUCUCACUUCGUCCAGGAGUACGAGAUCGAGCGCUCCUUCUUCCUGAGGAUGAAGUGCGUCUUGGCCAAGAGGAACGCGGGCCUCACCUGCGGCGGCUACAAGGUCAUUCACUGCAGCGGCUACCUGAAGAUCCGCCAGUACAGCCUGGACAUGUCCCCCUUCGACGGCUGCUACCAGAACGUGGGCCUGGUGGCCGUGGGCCACUCGCUGCCUCCCAGCGCCGUCACGGAGAUCAAGCUGCACAGCAACAUGUUCAUGUUCCGCGCCAGCCUGGACAUGAAGCUCAUCUUCUUGGACUCCAGAGUGGCGGAGCUGACGGGGUACGAGCCUCAGGACCUGAUUGAGAAGACCCUGUACCACCACGUGCACGGCUGCGACACCUUCCACCUGCGCUGCGCCCACCACCUGCUGCUGGUAAAGGGGCAGGUGACCACCAAAUACUACCGGUUCCUGGCGAAGCACGGCGGCUGGGUGUGGGUGCAGAGCUAUGCGACCAUCGUGCACAACAGCCGCUCGUCCAGGCCGCACUGUAUCGUCAGCGUCAACUAUGUCCUCACAGACACGGAAUACAAAGGGCUGCAGCUCUCCCUGGAUCAGAUCUCAGCCUCCAAACCAGCCUUCUCCUAUGCAGGCAGCUCCACUCCUGCCAUGACUGACAGCAGAAAGGGGGCCAAGUCCAGGCUCUCCAGCUCAAAGUCAAAGUCCAGGACUUCCCCAUACCCUCAGUACUCGGGAUUUCCCGCGGAAAGAUCUGAAUCUGAUCACGACAGCCAGUGGGGCGGCAGUCCUCUAACAGACGCGGCCUCCCCGCAGCUGCUGGACCCCGCGGACCGGCCGGGCUCUCAGCACGACGCGUCGUGCGCCUACAGGCAGUUCUCGGAUCGCGGCUCUCUCUGCUACGGCUUCGCGCUCGACCCCUCCAGGCUGGUGGAGGAGAGGCAUUUCCACACCCAGGCCUGCGAGGGCGGCCGGUGUGAGGCAGGCAGGUACUUCCUGGGAGCGCCGCAGGCGGGGAGGGAGCCCUGGUGGGGCUCUCGCGCAGCCUUGCCCCUGACCAAGACCUCCCCGGAAAGCAGAGAAGCCUAUGAGAGCAGCAUGCCUCACAUCGCCUCGGUCCACAGGAUCCACGGGCGAGGUCAUUGGGAUGAAGAUAGUGUGGUCAGUUCUCCAGACCCUGGGUCUGCCAGCGAAUCAGGUGACCGAUAUCGCACUGAGCAGUAUCAAAGUAGCCCACAUGAACCUAGCAAAAUCGAAACUCUGAUCAGAGCCACCCAGCAAAUGAUUAAAGAAGAAGAGAACAGGUUGCAGCUGAGGAAAGCCCCCCCAGACCAACUGGCUUCCAUUAAUGGAGCUGGGAAAAAACACUCCUUCUGUUUUGCAAACUACCAGCAGCCCCCAACGACAGGCGAAGUCUGCCACAGCUCCGCUCUUGCCAACACUUCACCAUGUGACCACAUCCAGCAGAGAGAGGGAAAGAUGCUGAGCCCCCGCGAAAAUGACUACGACAACAGUCCCACAGCACUGUCGCGGAUAAGUAGUCCCAAUUCGGAUCGCAUUUCCAAAUCCAGUUUGAUCCUAGCUAAAGACUAUCUACAUUCGGAUAUGUCUCCUCAUCAGACGGCGGGAGACCACCCUGCCGUCUCUCCAAACUGCUUUGGCUCUCACCGGCAGUAUUUUGAUAAGCAUGCUUACACGUUAACUGGAUACGCCCUGGAGCACUUAUAUGAUAGCGAAACUAUUAGAAACUAUUCCUUGGGCUGUAAUGGCUCACACUUUGAUGUAACUUCCCAUCUAAGGAUGCAGCCGGAUCCAGCACAAGGACACAAGGGAACAUCUGUUAUAAUAACCAAUGGAAGCUGA